AUUUCCAAAAUUGCUUCCUCUCUGCAACAAACGGUGAUCUCCCUCUCCCCCUAUAUAAUCCCAUCCCAUCCCAUCUCUAUAUCAUUUCCUUCUCUAUCGUUUUCAAACUUGCCUUUUGGAACUCUCUCUGUUCUGGUCCUUUCCUUGAAGCUUCGUUUCUUUUACUUUUCUCACUUUAUCUGUCUCUGUAUAUAUACAGAGAGACAUAUCAAAUCAAACUAGUUUGCAUCAUCGCUGUAAUAUAGAUAUAGAUAUGGGUUCUCGGAGAUCGCUUUGCCUGUUGGUAGUGGUGGUCUUAAUGGGUUGGUCAGAGGCUUAUCAGUUCAACGUGGGUGGGAAAGAAGGGUGGGUCUCAAACCCUUCUGAGAAUUACAAUCACUGGGCUGGCCGAAUGAGGUUUCAAGUCAAUGACACUCUCUUGUUCAAGUAUAACAACGGAUCGGACUCUGUGUUGGUUGUGAACAAACAAGACUACAACAAUUGCAAUACCCAAAAUCCGAUCACGAAGAUGGAGGACGGUAAUUCUGUGUUCAAGCUCGAUCGAUCUGGUCCCUUCUACUUCAUCUCCGGAAACAAAUCUAACUGUGAUCAUGGUCAGAAGCUAAUCGUCGUCGUUUUAGCCAUAAGAAACAAACCCACCACCUCUCCUCCUCCGUCUCCGUCCGCCGGAGCUCCUUCACCGCUGGUCCAAACUCCGUCUCCAAGUCCGUCAACCCCGUCUCCAUCUCCAACAGUGUCACCUUCACCGGCCACGUCAUCACCUUCUCCAUCUCCGGUGCCAUCUCCGACUACAACGCCGUCAGCUUCUCCGACUCCGGCACCGACUACUGCACCGGCGUCAUCACCACCCACAACUCCAUCCCCGGCGACAAUGUCUCCUCCGUCUCUGACUCCCGGCGGUAGUCCCGCGAACGUUGCACCACCUCAUUCAUCUGCACCGGCUUUAUCUUCUUCACUACUCUUCGUAUCAUCGGUUACAUUUGCGUUAUUAAGUUUGUAUAUUUUUUAGAGUUUGUUUUGCUCAUUAUCGGUGGUGGAUUCAUUAGUUUUUUAUUUUAUUUUAUUCAGUUUGUCUUUUACCAGUUUAUUGGAUUCUCUUCAAGUAUAUGAGAUU